AUGCUCUUCAAGUCCAUCACUAGCGCUGUCACCCUCGCCGGGCUGGGCGCUGCGGCUCCUCUUAGUUCUGAUCCUCCGUGUGCAACAAUUUGCCAGGAUGGCGUCAAUGACUGUGGUGAACCAUGGGGAGGCUGCUGGGACAUUUGCAAACCCGAGGAGUCUCCUACACUACCACUCUGCACAUCAACUUAUACGCCAAUCAUCCCUCCUAUCACUCCCGAUCCCACAAUCACCCUUCCAGUUAUUACUCCUGAUCCAACUAUUACUCUUCCGAUUAUCACUGGAGACGGGGAAUUCACAACCGUCGUUCCUACCCCACGAUUGGUCGAUUAA